CCGAACCAAAAGUCAAAAGAGUCUCCGACUCUCUGUGAACUUACCAAACAAGAGUCUCUCUCAGCACAUCGAAGGGUUAAUAGGUUUUGUCUGUUCGUCAAUGCUUGAGUUGUUUUGAUACGCAGCAGCCAUGGAUGUUGAUUCGCAACCAAUGAUGGAGGAGACCAUACUGGUCGGUGACGACCUAAUGAUGGGUCCUCCAUCUCCUGUCAUACCUCCUGAAAUUGCUUCACAUGUCCUUGAAGGUGUUGAGCUGUGCGAUGGUAUCUUGAGGAAUCUAUUCCUAUGCUUGCAAAUUAAUGAUAUUGAACCAUUUUGCCAAGAUGAGCUUGCCUUGUAUAGACAAUGUGCUGAAAACAGGGACAAGGUAUUGAGAGUAAGGCUUCAAGAGAGCGAGUACAAGUUAGGAUCGUCAAUGCCUAUUGAUCUUGCUAAGGACAGGGUUACUCAGCUUGAAGCUGAAGCCACAUCACUAGAGAGGCAUUUGAUUCUAGCAAGUGGAGCUGAGGGAAUCGAAGGAUUUCGUCAGAGAUGGAGUUUGCACGGUCGUAUGACGGAUACCAAAAAAAGACUGGAAUCACUGAAGCAAGGAAUGGAGAAUAGGAAAAAGGAGUCGUCACAUGAUCAAUCGGCCAAACCUUCUACUUGGAAAAGAUGGGUUCUUUGGUGAAGCUUUUCAUCAUUUUCCUAGCAUGCUCCAGAAGGAAUCAUACAUUCUAAACAAAUAAAAGUAUAAAACACUUAUAUGGUGCAGAUGCUUACCAUGUAAACCAUGUUUGGAUAUGGAAAGUAAAAAUAUUUACUCAAAGCAUCUCCUUAUAACUUGAAAGCAAGAAGAAAUUUACUCUAUAGAAUUUCCUUUUGUGGGU